AGAGGCUACACAAGGAAUGAAAAUAAUCCUUUUCUUUUAAGGAAUUUGCAAACAGAUAUAAAGCGAAAAGGAAAUAAGAGGAAGGAAGGGGGGAUCGGAGCUCGGGGAGGGAGGGACCCGAGUGCCGUCAACAAUCACCCUGGGCUACUCCUAAAAACUAGCCUGGGAGCACAGGGCGGAGGCUGGUUUCGGGAGUUUCCCGGAGCCUCGACGUAAGAAGCCCGGGGAGUGAACUCUUCCCUGGCAGAGUUCCCAGGAGAUGGAGAAAGGAGGGGGGAGGAGGAGGGAAGAAGGGAUUCCGCCGAGACCCGGGCCGUCGGCCUAGCCCCCCUUUCUUUCUCGCCGGGCACUUCAGCUGGUUUGGAACGUGAUCAAAGUCUAGGUUCAUUUCAGGGCCCCCGAGAAUUCACAGACCCAGGGCUCCGGGCCAGCCCAUUUUCCAAUUAGAAACGAAUCCGCAGGCAACCCUGGGUUGGGGCGUUUCCGGAAAGUCAGCGGCUCAGGCUGGGCCCGCCCCCCACUCCCCCUCUCCACCCUCUGGCCCCGAACUCUAAGUUUCGUUUCUUCGACUCUGCGCUCCGCGGUGGUGGCUCGGAGCCUUCUGCGCCGCGCUUUCCUUCUCAGCGGGCGGCCGCGCUCGGGAAGCCCGCGAGGACCAUGGCUGACCCUGCCGUGUGCGGCUUCCUCACGGGGCUCCUGUGCGCCCAAGGGGGCCGCCUGGCACUCCGCGAACUGCUCGGUCUCAUCGAGCUGUCUGAGGGGCAGCUCCUCGAGGUGUUGAGCGAAGCUGGCCCCGAGCGCUUCGUGCUCCUGGACCAGGGCCCCGACGCCGGUCCUCUAGUGCUGGCCACCACCCCGGUGCGAGUGUGCCGCCGCGUAACGUGUAGGGGCGCCUGCGAGGCCUUGCACCUCUGCAAGCUCAACCUUUUGGACAGGUGCCGUCGCGAGAGCAAUUAUUGCAAAUAUUCCCAUGACAUUCAUUCAGAAAAGAACAUCAAAAUCCUGAAAAAGCAUGAUAUUUCUGUACUUUCCAAAAAUGAGUUGGCUGUUCUCCUCCUCCAGAGUGACCCCUUUUUCCUUCCAGAUAUAUGCAAAUACUACAAGGGAGAAAACAGGAAAGACUCUUGCACUAACACAGAAUGCAUGAAACUGCACAUCUGUGAGCACUUCAUUGAAGGGAAAUGCGGCUAUGUGCACUGCAAUCGGUCCCAUGAUUUGAUGGAUACAAAGGUCUUGGAACUCCUCAAAGAAGAAGGGCUGACCAUCCCAGUAAUUAGGAAUAUCCAGGACAUCUGUGAUCAGAAGCAUAUCAGGAGUAAAAAGCGUAUUCCCAGGAGAAGAGAUAAGUCAGACCAAAGAAAUGCAAGACAUAGAAGCCAAAGCAGAAAUCGUUAUUUUUUUGGGACGCAAGAAUUGCCAACAUCUCCUUCUGCCUCUGUUGAAACUCUCCACAUUCCAGAACCAGAUAAAAUGAGCCCAGCACCAUUGCCCUCCUCUGAAGGCAAAGUGAAUGAGAGGGGAGCCCCUGAGAAUAACAGUUCUUUGAGGCAAGAUGCUGUCCAGUCAGUUUCAGCAUCAACUAAGACUGUCAGCAUCCAACAAGCGAGCCAACUUGGAACAAACUUGAGCCGCAGAGAAGGCCAGUAUGGUACCCAGGAUGGUACCCAACGCGCUGCCUCCACCUCUACACCUGGUCCGGCUGCACCUGGUCCGGCCGCACCUGGUCCGGCCGCACCUGGUCCGGCCACACCUGGUCCGGCCGCACCUGCAGAGGAUAGCCACCAUUUCAGAAGAGUAAAGGUGUUGUUUGGGAAUGAUGCUGACUCCCGCUCUGAUCCAGCUCCUCAGACUACUAGAAAAAGUGAAUCCACAUCCUCUUCUAACUCUACAAGUGCAGGAAAUGACUGUGAAGGUCAGAAGGCCCAUCCUUCACUCACUCCCAAUAAAACUGUUGAUAUGUGGGACAAGAAAAGCAGUGCUGUGGUGUUUUCAAAAUACAAGCCCUCAACUAAUGUAAAAAAACAGGAAUUUCCAUCUAAGAGGCAAGACAAUCAGUCCACACUGGUGAAUGCCCAAUUGGCUAAGACGGCAACAUUGAAAGAACAGAAAACCCCAGCUGCAAAUAACCUAGUCACUAGUGACCAUCAUGAUAUGAGAUUAGAAACGUUGCAUGAAAAGAUGCAGCGAUGGGAAUCGUCAGCGCAUAAAGUGGAUGCCACGACUCAGAACUUGGAAAGGAUUUAUAGAAAUGACAAAGAAGAGCCUCAGAAGGGCCAAGUCUGUCCCAGGGACAAAGCAGCAGUAGCCCACGUACGACCCAAAACGCCAUCUGCAAGUGACGUCCCCCAAAGCGGAAUUAAGAAGGAUGGUUUAGCCCAGUCUUCUUUACCAACAGCCUCAGACCUCAAAAAAACUGCGGCUUUCUUGAGGAAACAAGUUAUCCAGAUGCAGGACUCGAUUGGCAGCCCAACGGGCUCUGUUUCUGCCUCUCCUUCUAGCCAGACUCUGGCCACCUUGGGCAUCAACAGAAGCAGAGCUGUAUCUCCUUCCAAAAGUACAAAUGCAGAGGAUUUCAGAGCCAGAGUUCUUAAUAUAAUACCUUCAGGAAUGGAGAAUUAUGACUCCAUUAAGAUUUGUCUUGACUACCUUAAUGGGGAUUGUAAACUGCAGGAGUGCUGCAAAGAUGUCCAUUUUUACCUACCCUACCGAUGGCAGAAGUGCAUUUCCAACGUCUGGGAAGAUUUAACAGAUAUGGAGGAGAUUGAGAAAGCUUAUUGUAAUCCAGAUAUCUCCAGAAGUCACGGUAUUGAUUUUCAGGAAAUGCUACUUGAUUUGUAUCCUGUUCGACGCCUUUCUACUCCAUCAACUAUCCAAAAUAGCACUUGUGCCCUUAGCACUAAGUGGCACUGGUAUUGGAAGAAUGAAUUGAACCAUUGGAUUGAAUAUGGAAAAGAGGAGGAUUCAGAACUCACUUCUGAAGAUCUGGAGUUGUUCUUUCUAGUCUGUCCACAGACAUUUUUAUCACCUCAUCAUAAAUAUAAACUGAAUUUUAACGAGAUGACCCAGACAAACAUAGCCUCUGGUACUACAAGGGAAGUUCGAAGGCGGCCUCAAUUUGUGUCCUCUGUGACUGUAUACUGGAAUCAGAAACGGACAAACCAAUCCCGAGAGCAAAACACGAAAGAGUCUUUCAAUUUUCCUUCAUCCUGGAAUCAAAUGGACCUGUCAGAAAGAAAAUAUGAGAUUCCUUCAUCUUCUGCAGCAUGUGAAAGAAAUUGUUCUCUGGUCGAAAACACUCACAAUGAAUCAAGAAGUACACAAGCAUGUGGAAAGAUACAGAAGCUGAUCUCAAUGUGGGAAAUCCUUCAGUUUACACAAGUCCAUAAAGAAGAAAAUCAUAAAAUAUCAGGAGAAGCAAAAACUACUGAUAGUGACAGCUCAGAAAAUGAGACAGAUUUGAAAUAGGUCAUUCAACUAAAUUCUAGUUAAGUAAGUUUUGAGGGUUUUCUUCCCUUCUUGUCUCCUUUUCUGAAUUUCACUGUUUCUUGUUUUAGAGUCAUAGAUAUGACAUAUCUAAUGAUUUUGUUAACUAUAAUAUUGCUUUGUUUCCAAAUUUCUGUUUGCUUAUCAUUAACAACCCUCUCAUCUCCAAAAGUGGGAUUUUUGUAUCCAGGUUUUCAGUGGUUUGUUAUAAUUUGAAAAAUAAAAAAUAAAAAAAAUACUUAAUUGUAAAUUUAAUUAGUAAAUUUUAAUUUUGGUUUGAAUAAACUAAGUUAAAUUAUAUGUUGAAUCUCCUAAUCAUGAUCAUUUUUGUGCAAAUCAGCUUGUUGACAUGUUUUUUUUUGUUCCAGUGGCUUGUGGCCGGUCCUAUACAUGUACUUUAUACUAUAAAUAUUAUCUAUAUCCUUUCAGAUAUGCUGCCUGUCUUAAGCUUACUAAAAGGUAUUGUGUCAUUGUUAAUUAUUUGGUGAGGGAGAGUAAUAUCUAAAUUGUUUAUAUGGCUGUACUCUACUUGAAUCACUACCCGGUGUUCUCAUCAGAAUCUCUCUGAACUGUGCACCAGAGAGUUAUCAUUGGUUGAGAAUUAUAAAAUAUACCUUAGUUGAGUUCAGAGUUUAGAUUAAGGGAUUACAUGGAAUAUUGUUCAAAAAUACUUUUUAGAAAGAAUUUUUCAUCUCUGUCCAAAGACCCUCCACAUUUGUAAAACAUAAACAAUUACAGUUAUCCUGUCCACAUCAUAAUUUUCCCCAAUGCUGUUUUGAUAUAUCACAGGUCAGCAUAAGAAUUAAAAUGAGAAUUUUGGAAUGGUUUUGGGGACCUGCAAGAUGGCAUAGAAAGGCCAGCAGAUGAUUCAGAAAAAGCGUAGAAAUUUAGAAAUACAGGAUUGUUAUUUUUUAAAAUAUAUAUUCUGUUAGACUAUGGCAUAAUAUGAGAAAAUGUUAAGUUCUUAUAUGAUUUCCUAAAAAAAAAUCUUUACUCUAAAGAUAUUACAUGGAUUUUCUAGAUUGCUGUGAGGCAGUAAGAAAUGGGGAUAGGAAGAAAGGGAUUACAAAACCGGAUCUCCAAUAUCUGGUUCCAAGACAGGGUGGAUGUAGGAAGCCAUGAUCUUCUCAUCCUCUUAUGAUCCUGACUAUUGACAAUGAACAUCUUGACCAUGGUAACCCUGUGACAACAGCUGCCAUCACCAUGUGAUAAGCGGGAAUAUUCCACCCUGUUAAGUAGAUUCUUUGUCCAUGGUACCUCACAUGGCCUAAUAAAAAAUCUCUUUCAAGAUUGAAGGAUGAACAAGGGAAAAACCCCAAUCUGUGUACUUGUGCCAAUCUUAUGUGAAAUUUGUACUUCUUCAACUAUGUGCUUUUCAGAAAAUGUAGACAAAUGAAAAAUGUUAAUUUUUACAAGCUGGUCUCCUGGUAAGGUAGUUAGUGUAGGGGGUAAAGUAGAGGAGUAAUAAACCCAAAUCCCAUUUUUAAAGAACUAUCAUCAUUACACAAACCCAGUGGGGAAAAAUGAUAACAGAUUCUUAAUCUUUUUUUUGUUUUAUCUAGCUUGGAAGUCUGGUAAGCCUGUGGAUCUCUUCUCAAAAUAAUGUUUUCAGAUGCAUAAAAUAUAUAACAUUACAAAAUUAUAUUGACAUACUUUUAAUAUAUUUAUUGAGAUAUGUAAUAUGUUUAAAUAUAAAUAUAUAUUUUUUAAAACCAAGUUUGUGGGCCACAGAUUAAGAACCUCUGAUUUAGACAGAUGAGAUCCUAUAGAAUGGAUCCAAAUUAAUCCAUAAUUCACCAUGUUACAUUAAAAGGUGACAUGAUUUAUAAAGGAAUUUUUAACAUUUUAACAUGUCUGGUCAUCUUUUAAAAAAAUCUAAUGAUUGAUCAUGAAUAAAAUUAAAAUGCUUUACAAAAAGUAGUAAGUGAGGUGGAUAGGAAGUUGAUGGCCUGCUAGGAAAUACAAGAGCCCAGAUCUCUUAUAAACACCCCAUUGAGACUUAGAAGCAUACCAAUCUAAAAAGAAAUAAGAAAAAUCACUUUUAGACCCUUCAACCCAGAGUUGGGAUCUAUAGAAGAAUUCCCAGUGUCUUGCUCUGUAGAUUCCCAGAGAUAGACAAGCCAGGGUAGGUAAAAAAUAGAGUGCUAAGCAGUGCUGAGUGGUGCUCUGAGUUGGAUCCAGCACUAUACUAGAAGUUUUGAGACCAGCAGUAAGAGAAACUCUAAGCAAAAGUUAACCCAGAGUGUUCUUUUAGUCUGGAGCCCAAACUGGGAAGAACCCUGAGGAGCUCUAACUGGAGUCUGGCAGGUCACUAAUGAUGGGUGAAAAGCCUUUAGCAGAGCCAGGUCAGGGUGUCCCCAGAGCAUGGGGGGAGAGCCCAUUGCCCAGAAAUACCCUAUUCCUGAGCCCAGCAAUUAAGGACCCCAGGUAGAGCUGGAGCUCUCUGGCAAAAGGCAGCCCCAGAAUCCUUUAAAGGAAGAGCCAUAGUCAGGACCAGGCAGUCCCUGUCCAUGCCUUCCUUGAUUCACCAACCUAGAUAGUAAAGAUUGAGAUAAACAAAGUAAGGAGAAUUCCAAAUAAUAAAAUACUUUGGUUUGAAAGAUGCCCACUGGAGAGUAGAAAUCCAUCAAUACAGAUAAAGCCUUAGAUCAAAAAAAAUUCCUGAAAAAAAAAAAAAUUCCUGAUUAUAAGGACUACAACAGUACCUUGAAGAAAUAAAAGUCACAAAAUGGAAUAACUAAGGAGAGAAUAAUGAUAAAGAGAACAAUAUCCUUUUAAAACUGGCAUGGGCCAAAUGGUGAACAGUGACAACUUAUAGAAAUGUCAUAGCUUAAAUCUAGAAUUCAAAUUAUACCCACACAAAAAAUACUACAACAAUCUAAAAGAAAGUGUUUAAGUGCCACAAUAAAGAUGACACAGGACUUUAUCAGUUGCCACUAUUCAGAAGACAACUUGAAAUGCAGUAUUCUAAAAAGUAAAAUAUAGAGGUUUACAGCAAAGGUAACAAUAGGAAUAAGGUACUUUAUUGACAAGAAAAGGCAUAAAGAAAGGCAAUCAUGAUAACAUAAAAGAUGUGUACAAAAUAGUUUAUAUAAUUAAUUGGAUAGUGGAGGGAAUGAACAUCUCAUUAAUUUUACUUUUAUUUGAACUAGAUAAAGGAAGAUUGAUAUAUUACAUUCAAAAGGGAAAUAGGAGAUGGGGACAAAAGAAAGAGCUAGGGUUUGAGAAGAAAGGAUUAGUAAGGGACAGUGAUAAGCAAAAUAUUUGAAUUUUGGAGUGAGGAAUGUGAAGGGGGAUUGAAAUAGAAGAAAUAGUUGAAAAUCAUGGGUGGGGCAAGAGAACUAGAAGACUUUAAGUACAAAAACCAGGAUAUUUCAUUUAUAUCACAAGUAUCCAAUUCACUGUCUUUUACUACUUUAUUUAUAAAGAUAAUGAUAAUGAUAAUGAUGAGGACAAAGAGAAGAAAAAACUUCAAGAAGACAGGAUGAAUGUGUGAAUGUGAAUGGGAUGAACUCACCCAUAAAGUAGAAGAGUAUAGCGGGAUGAAUUAUAAAUCAGACUCUUAACAAUAUGUUGCUUUCAAGAAACAUAUUUGAAACAAAGAAUCACAUGUAGGGACUAAAGCAAAAUCAGCUGUGUUCCAGCUGAACAAAAAAAACAAGGGUAGAAAUCAUGAUUUUAGAUAAGAUUAUAGUAAAUAUAGAUAUGAUGAAAAGAGAAAAAUUACAUUAGGCAUAAAGGCAGUAGAGUUAAUAUCAAUACUAUAUAUACAGUAACAUCAAAAUAUAAAAUAUUUUAAUAAUGACAAGAGGGGUAGCUAGGUGGCCUAGUGGAUAAAGUAUCAGCCCUGAAGUCAGGAGGACCUGAGUUCAAAUCUGGUCUUAGACACUUAACCCCGAUUGCCUCAGCAAAAAAGAAAAAAAAAAUUGACUAAAGAGAAAUAGACUUUAAAUAAUUCAAUAUUAGAAAAAGAAAACAAGCCAUAAAUGAAUGCCCAAAUGAAAAAACUCCAGGAUCAAAUCAGUGAGAAUGUAUUAACUACCUUCUAUGUGCCAAGCAUUGUCUUAAGCACUAAUAUUAUCCUCUCCAAAUGGGAGAGACAACAUGGAAGCAACUAUGUACAAAGAGGAUUUAUACAGGGAGGUUAAGGUGCUAAAAUAAAGACAGACCGAGGAAAGCUUCUUGGAGAAAGUGAGAUCUUAGCUGAGAGUAGAAGGAAUCCAAGGGGUAGAGAUUAGAGAAGAAAAGCAUUCCAAAUAUAUGGAACAGCCAGUGAAAAGGUUGGAAGUUGGGAGAUAUAGAAUGUCAUAUUCUAGAAAGCAAGGAGAGGCCAGUGUCACUGGGGAAGGUAAUAUAAUAAGCAUUUAUAUAACACCUACUAUGUGCAAGAUACUAUGAUAAGUACUGUAUGAAUAUCUCCUUUGAGCCACACCACAUUCCUAUAAGGUAGGUGCUUUUAUUAUACCCAUUUUUACAGUUGUGGAAACCGAGGCAGAAAUGGCAAGAGUCACACAGCUAGUUAAUAGGUCUUUCUCACUCUAGAUCCAGUAUUCCAUCUGCUCUAUCACCUAGUUGUGUAGGGUUACUGGAUCAGGAUACACGGAGAGGGGUGAGAUAUAAAAAGAUUGGGAAAGUAGGCAGAAGUUGGUUAUGAAGGGCUUUGAAAGACAAAUGGAAUAUUUAAUAUUUGAUUCUGAAAGCAAUCACAAGCCAGGAAGUGUUAAGUGUCUGAGACUAGAUUUGAACUCAGGUCCUCCUGACUUCAGGGCUGAUGCUUUAUCCACUGAGCCAUCUAGCUACCCUAUGAUAUUUUCUUUUAAAAAGAUCAAUUUGACAUUGGAGGAUGGAUUUGAAUGGCAAAAGACCUGAGGUAGAGAGACUAUUGCUAGUGCUAUUGCAAUAGUCUAGGUAAGCAUUGAUAAGGACUUUCUAGCAGAAUGGAGGUAUAUAUGAGAAAAAAUACAGAUGUAGAAAUGACUGGCAUUGGCAACUGAUGCUUAAGAGUUGAAGGUGGAGGGAGAGAGAAUGGUGAGUUGAAAUUGAAUCUCAGGUUGUUGGUCCUAGGUGACUGGAGGGAUGGUGGUAACCAUAACAACAAAAAGAAAGAAACAUGGGAAGGUUCAGGGGGAAAGAUAAUAAGUUUAGUAUUAGAUAUGUUGAGUGUAAGAUGUCUACAACAUAUCUACUCUGAGAUGUCCAUUAGCAUUCAAUAUGCAAGAUCGGAGACCAGGAGAGAGAUUAGGGCUGGACAAAUAGAUUUGAGAAUCAUCUUCAGAAGUAACAGUUGAAUCCAAGGGGGUUAAUGGGUUCAGUGAAAUAAUAAAGACAGAAGACCACUGUGAUUCACCAAUUAGUGGUGAAUGAAGGUCCAGUAAAGGAAGCUAAGAAGGAGCAUUUUGCUCAGAACAUUUGGGAGGGAGAGAAAUGUCACAAAAACCUAGAGAGAGGAGGGUAUCAAAGAGAAAUGAGUGAUUGAAAGUGUCAGAGUUUUCAGAGAGAUUAAGGAGGAUGAGAAUUGAGGGAAAAUGAUUAACAAAUAACUUUGAAGAGGCCUAUCAGUUGAAACUAUCAGUGAAAAUGGCUUUCCUACCUUCCCUCAAAAAUCACAUAAAAUCAAGCUUCUAAAUGGAGUUUGGAACAACAAAGCCUUCAAAGAGACAGAAUGAAACCUCUUUCCAGCUCAAGACAUGUUGGAAAGACUUCAAGAAAGGUCAGUCUCUCUGGGGUAAAAUGGGUGCUCAUUCCAGUUCAGAUGGUGUCUAGGAAAGCCAAUGGGAGGGUUUUAAUCACAGGGAAUGAGCAACUGAGACCUUCUGUCCUGCCUCAGCAGAGCAGACCUUGGGGCAGCCUCCAGUCCUGGCAACUUGUCAGCCUGGGAAACCAGCAACAACAGGAGGGCUUUGGUUGUGCUACCCCCAACUGUGAGCAAGUCACCUAAAACAAGGGGCCCUGUGCUCAAAGCUACCCAAGAAGCUUGGAAUAGUACCCCCUGUGCGUUCCCAAGAGCAGAGCUCGACUGUAAAAGUCAUAAAAUAGGAAAAAGAAAAAAAUGAGCAAGAAACAAAAAAGAACCUUAAUUAUAUAAAGUUACUAUGGUGGCAGAGAAGAUCAAAACAGCAACUUGGAAGAGGACAAAAUGUUCACAUGUGAAUCCUCAAAGGAAGAUAUGAAUUGCUCUCAAGCCCAAAGAGCCUUUUUGAAAGAUCUCAUAAAGGAUUUUUAAAAAUCAAAUAAGAGAGGAGGUAGAAGAAUAGUUGGGAAAAAAGCCUAGAGUUAUGGUCAGCAAGUUGGAAAAGAAAAACAAUUCCUUAAAAAAUACAAUUGGCUAAAUGCAAAAAAAAAAAAAAAAAAAAAAAAAUCCACUGAAGAAAACACCACCUUUAAAAGUAGAAAUGGAAAAAGAGAUUAAGAAAAAACUCCCUGAAGCAAAUCAAACAUUAAAAACUAGAACAAUGGGCAAAUGGAAACUAAUGAAUAUAAGACAACAAGAAUCAGUCAUACAAAAAUAAUGAAAAAAAGAAAAAAUGUAAAAUAUCUCUGGAAAAACAGCUGAUCUGGGAAAUAGAUAUAGGAGAGACAAUUUUUAAAUUAUUAGAAUACCUGAACAAAAAAAAAAAAAUCCAAGAUAGCAUUCUUCAGAAAAUCAUCAAAGAAAACUGCCCCAAUAUACCAGAACUAGAGGGCAAAAUAGCUAUUGAAGGAAUCCUUCCCUCACCUUCUGAAACAGAUCCCCCAAGGAAAAUUCCAAGAUAUAUUGUUGCAAAACUCCAAAACUAUAAGGUUAAAGAAAAAAUACUACAAUCUACCAGAAACAAACAAACAAACAAAUAAAAAAUAAGUAUCAAGGAGUCACAGUCAUGAUUACCAAGGAUCUGGCAGUUUUUACAAUAAAAAGUAUCAGAGAGCCAGGAAUACCGAAAGGCAAAAAAUCGUGUAUUAUAACUCAAUGAGACUGAGCUUCAUCUUUCAAGGGACGAGAUUGAUCUUCUAUGAAGUAGAAGACUUUUAAUCAUUUCUAUUGAAAAGAUCAGAACUAAAUAGAAAAUUUGAUCUACAAAUAUAAUGCUCAAGAGAAGCAUUUUAAAAAAAGUAAACAAGAAAGGAAAAAAUAUUAUUUAAAAGUUAAACUGUUUAUAUCCCUACAUGGAAAUUUGAUACUUGUAACUUGAGAACUGUAUCUUUUAAUAGGACAGUUAGAAGAGGUACACAUAGAGAGUGUGGGAAUGAGUUGACUCUGAUGUGAUAAUAUUUUUAAAAAGACAUUAAGGAAUGGAAAAAGGAUUGUAUUGAGAGAAGAGGAAAGGGAAGGUAAAAUGGGGUAAAUUAAAUUACAUAAAGAGGCUUAAAAAACCUGUUAGUAGAGGGUAAAAAAGGGGGGAAUAAGCUGAAUCUCAUCAAUUUUGUUUCAAAGAGGGAAUCACAUACACACUUAGUUGGGUAUAGAAAUUUAUUUUACUCUAUAGGGAAAUAGGGGGAGAAAGGGGAAAGAAAAGGGAAGGAUUGGAUUAAAAGGGAGGGUAGAAACUGGAAAAAGGAAAAGAGAGUUGAUGGAAGGGUAGAUUGAGGGAUGGGUUGGUCAGAAAUAAAAUAUUACUAAGGAGCGAUAGGAUGGAAAAGGGCAAAAAAGGAUAUAUGAAAAGAAAAUAGGAUGGAUGGAAAUAGCUGCUAAUCAUAAUGGUGAAUGUUAAAUGGAUAAACUCCCCAAAAUCAGAAGCAGAUAGCAGAUUGGAUUAAAAACCAGAAUCCUAAAAUAUGUUUAUGAGAAAUACAUUUGAAACAAAGAGAUAUAAAGAGAAUAUAUUAUGCUUCAGCUGAAGCAAAAAAAAAAAAAAACAAAAAACAAAAAGCAGGGGUAACAUUCUGACCUCAGAAAAAGCAAAAGUAAAAACAAAUCUAAUUAAAAGAGAUUAAAGAAGGAAUUUAGAUCUCAUUAAAGGGUACUAUAAUCAAUGAAGUAAUAUCAACAUUAACAUAUGCACCAUGUAGUACAGCAUCCAAAUUCUUAGAGAAAAAAUUAAGUCAGUUACAGGAAAAAAUAAACAGCAAAACUAUACUAGCAGGAGAGCUCAAUUUCUUCCUUUAAGAAUUAGAUAAAUCUCACCACAAAAUAAACAAGAAAGGUUAGGGAAGUUAAUGGAAUCUUAGAAAACUUAGAUAGAUAGACCCCUGGAAAAAAUUGAGGAUAGAAAAGAAUAUACCUUUUCCUCAAUGAAUAAUGGUACCUACACAAAAAUUGACCAUAUUUUAGGGCAUAAAAACCUCACAAUUAAAUGUAGAAAGGCAGAAAUAGUAAAUGCAUUUUUUCAGAUCUCGGUGGAAUAACAAUUGCAUGCAAUAAAGGACCAGGGAAAUAUGAACUAAAAACUAAUUGGAAAUUAAAUAAUCCUAAAUAAUGGGUGAGUCAAGCAGGAUAAUUUCAGAGAAGACUGGAGAGACCUACAUGAACUGUUGCUAAGUGAAAUGAGCAGAAUCAGGCAAUUGUUGUACAUGGCAACAAGAAGAUUAUAUAAUGAUCAAUUCUUUUUUUUUUUUUUUGAAAUAACUUUUUAUUGAUAGAACUCAUGCCAGAGUAAUUUUUUACAGCAUUAUCCCUUGCAUUCACUUCUUUUCCGAUUUUUCCCCUUCCUCCAUCCACCCCCUCCCCCAGAUGGCAAGCAGUCAUUUACAUGUUGAAUAGGUUACAGUAUAUCCUGGAUACAAUAUAUGUGUGUAGAACCGAACAGUUCUCUUGUUGCACAGGGAGAAUUGAAUUCAGAAGGUAUAAAUAAUCCGGGAAGAAAAACAAAAAUGCAAGCAGUUUAUAUUCAUUUCCCAGUGUUCUUUCUUUGGGUGUAGCUGCUUCUGCCCAUUUUUGAUCAAUUGAAACUGAAUUAGCUCUCUUUACUGAAGAGAAAUGAUCAUUUCUGAUGGAGGUGGCUUUCUUCAGCAAUAAGAUGAUUCAAACCAGUUCCAAUUGUUCAGUGAUAAAGAGAGCCAUAUACUCCCAGAGAGAGAACCGUGGAACACAACAUAGCCUUUUCACUCUUUUUGUUGUUGUUUGCUUGCAUUUUAUUUUGCUCCUUUCUUUCUUUUUUUUUUUUUUUACAGAUUUGAUUUUAUUUUUCUUGUGCAGCACAAUAAUUGCAUAAAUAUGCAUGCAUAUAUUACAUUUAACAUAUAUUUCUACCAUGUUUAACAUAUAUUGGAUUACUUGCCAUCUAGGAGAUGGCAUAGAGGAACAGAGGGAAAAUUGGAACACAAGGUUUUGCAAGGGCUAAUGUUGAAGAACUGUCCACACAUAUGUUUUGAAAAAUAAAAGGCUUUAAUUAAAAAAAUAACAGGUGGGUCAAACAACAAAUCAUAGAAGUAGUAAUUUCAUCCAAGAGAAUAACAAUAAUGAGACAAUAAAACAAAACUUACUGGAGGCACUCAAAGCAUUUCUUAGGGGAAAUUUUACAUCUCUAAAUAUUUAUAUGAAUAAAAUAGAGAAGAAAGAGAUCAAUGAAUUUGGCAUGCAACUAAAAAAAGCUAGAAAAAGAACAAUAAAAACCCCCGGUUAAAUAUCAAAUUAGAAAUUUUGAAAAUUGAAAGAGAUUAAUAAAGUUGAAAAUAUGAAAAAUAUUGCAUUUAAAAAUAAAACUGAGUUGAUUUUAUGAAAAACCCAACAAAAUAGAUAAACCUUUGUUAAUUUAAUGAGAAAAAGAAAAGAAAACUAAAUUACCAGCAUCAAAAAUGAAAAGGGUGAACUUAGCCACUAAUGAAGAAGAAAUUAAAGCAAAAAUUAGGAGGCAUUUUGUAACAAAUCUGACAAUCUAAUUGAAACUGUCCGAAGCCUAACUGCAUUAUUAAGAAGAAAAAAAGGAAUUGAAAACAUUGAUUUGUAAACAGCAAUCUCAGGAGUUUAGACUUAUGAGAAAAUAACUAGCAGGGAGGCACUGAAUAAGGGUUUUUGUUUUAAUCAGGGAGAUAUAGGGCAAAUGGGACAGUUUGUGGGACUUUGUAGCAGUCAGAAUAUAGGGAAAGAUUGAAAAUUAUUGAGAGUGAUGAUGAUAGAUUAGUCUU